GAAACCACACUGAAAAAAUUCAAUGAGGAGAUUCUUCUUCACAGUCAGCAAAGACAUCCUAACAUUGUCCAGUUAAUUGGUGUCUAUUAUCCUCCUCGUUCAAAAGUACCAAUGUUAGUAAUGGAGUAUCUUCCUUUCACUCUUAGAGAGUCACUGGAACACCAUAAACUGCCACUUCAAAUGAAGUAUUCCAUUCUCUCCGAUGUUGCUAAAGGUUUAUGCUAUCUUCAUGGUAAACGUCCUGCUAUCGUACAUCGUGACCUCACUGCUAAUAACGUGUUAUUAACACCGCUAUACUCGGCUAAGAUAUCAGAUCUUGGAGUAUCAAGAUUAAUUGAUAAAUUCAAAUCUCAUCAGCAGCUCACUCAAGUCCCUGGCAAUGCUAUUGUAAUGCCACCAGAGGCUCUUGCAACUAAACCUGUCUACAAUGAAAAGGUUGACGUGUUCACUUAUGGCUGUCUCAUUCUUCACGUUCUCACUUGUCAAUUCCCUGAACCAACUGAUGCAUUUGUCCAGUACUUUAUGUUCUGGCAGUCGAAGGUAGCUGAGUGGGACAGACGAUCGAAAUAUAUCCAGAAAAUACCAGAAGAUGAGAAAGACUUCCUUCCUUUAGCUAAGCAAUGCCUUCAAGAUAAUCCUAGUACUAGACCAGAUAUGAGUCAAGUGCUUCAAUCUGUGGAAGAGAAAUGUACGAAAAGUAAUGAGACCCUGCUGCAUAUAAUUCGUGAGAAAGAUAAAGCUAAAGAUACUAUGAAAUUGUUAGCCUUAAGUCAUAAAAAGCAAAUUGAGGCAAAGGAAGAUGAGAUUGAUGAGAAAGAAUUGAAAUUGGAGAAAACUAAAAGAGAAAAAGAUUUAUAUAUGAAUCAACUACACGUAUUUAAGUCAAAAUAUAAAGCAGAUAUGGCAGUAAAAGAGGCUGAGAUUGCAACCCAUAUUGCUAAGAAACGAAUAUAUGGAGAUAUAAUAGAGCGACGAAAAUUAGUACAGACAUGGUUGGGAAGAAUUGUGGAGUCGCUAGAAGAAAAAAGUUUUCAAAUUCGUGUGACACGGCCAUUGCUAUUCAAUAGUCUUUUCUUAGUUCCCAUAGCAAUAGUUGCAAUAGCUAUUUUAUUAAUAAUCUUUUUUUCCUUUAUCUAUUUUGGGUUUUGGUUGUAUAUCGUUGCAGUUAGGAAGUUUUUUGAUCUACUGACUCUACUUAUUAAGAACUACGAUUUAAUCAUCUUGUUAAUAUUUUCCUUUGCUGUUUACAAAUGCUUUAAAAUGUUACAUUAG